AUGACUACAAGAAUUGUACCCGCUCGCAGCGGCGCCCAAAGUAAAUCGUCUUCUAGCAGUGUGCCUAAUCAAACCUUAUAUUGCACAAAUCUGCCAGACAAACUUCGAAAACAUGAUUUGCGACUUUCUCUUUACAUGCUUUUCUCCACAUACGGCACUGUCUUAGAUGUUGUCGCGAUGAAAACCAAAAAAAUGCGUGGCCAGGCCCAUAUCGUGUUCAAGGAUGUCCACGCUAGUACGCAAGCCAUGCGCGCUCUCCAGGGGUUCGAGUUUUUUGGCAAACAUAUGAAGCUUGUGUAUGCCAAAGGCACCUCAGACGUUAUCGCUAGGCUUCGCGGAACAUACAACAUGUCAAAUACUGUCUUCAGUGGACAGCCAGGAGCAGCAUCUACUGAGCUACAAAAAUCGAUCUUCAGCGGCCCUCCUGGAUCAGUAACACUACCGCCGAGACCCAAUGGCGAAAUCAAUGGAGAGGACCAGACAGCUCACGGUGUGAAACGACCUCGUGAGGACGAAAGCGACGAAGAAGAUGCCCCAAUGGACGAAGAUAGCGAUGUCCCAAUGGAAGCCUCCUCCGACGAAGACUAG